UUAAACGCAGACAGAAGGCUACAGCGAGGACAGAGAGAGGAGGAGGAGGAGAGAGCCGCGGUUACUGCGUACAGUGAGCUCGUUAGCUCCCCUCAUCAGUGAAGACAAAACAAGUCUGAAAACCCCAAAUUGUGAAUUGACGGCGGGAAGAGAAAUGUUAAAAUAUGCUCAGCUGACUGUGAUUUUUCUGUGGGAGAAGUGGAUCUCUUUAUAACACCAUCUGAAGACAGACAGGUCGGCGGAGGAUCGGCGCGUCGGCAGAGGAGAAGGACCGUACAGAGAAACGUGGUAGAAGAGUAGCCUGCAAAGAAACUGUGUUUUCUUUAAACAAAAAACGGUACCGAAAUGGUCUCUCCGGAUGUAUAAGGACUUGUUCCUGACACCACGGACUGUGGCUGAACUGUGAACUAAAGAAGAGGGCUUUUAAAGUUGCCACAGGAGGAAUGAUAGACGCACCCUGCAGACAAGAGGAUCCGCAUCUUAAUAUUUUGCGUUUUUACAUAAGAGACGCGAGGAUUUGUCGACAAAGUAGCCACCAGUUAACAGUUUUGUCUGCUUAAAAACGAUCAGAAAGGACAGUUUUUUUGCAGUUGAAACUGUAUUUUUAUUUUAUUUAUUUGAUCCGGGAUGGUUAAAAAUGAGCAAGAGAGCGGAUUUACAUGACUGGGACUAGUUGUGAUUUUUUCACAUUACCGUCAACACAAGAAGCUGUUUGCUUUUAAAAAAACAAAACAAAAAAACACAGACUGCUAAACCAAAGACGUCAAUGUGCUUAAGGAGCGAGAGCCCUUGCUUUUUUGUUUGUUCCUUUUCGAUAUAACUGAGAAGAAAAAUACCUCAUAAUUUAUUAUACCUGGAAAAUCAAAGCUCCUUUUGAACUCCCAAAGGAAAGUCAAACAUUUUAUUUUGUGCUGGACUGGCUUCUGCCUCUCUUUCCUCUCAAUAUUUCAAAAACAAAAGCAAAAAAAAAGGAAUAAUCCCUGAAUGGUUCCCCGCACUAUCUAGCAAAGGCUUUAUCUUUUUUCCCAACUAAUGAGGAUUGAGACGAUAAAAAACCUGUUUUAGAAACUAUUUGGUGUGGAUUAUCACCGCUACAAUUACCUCAGCUUGACCCCGACCUUCACCAAGUAGCAGAGUGCAGAAGGUUGGAACAAUGCCAGAUUCACCUGCGGAUGUGAAAACCCAGCCCAGGUCCACCCCACCCACCAUGCCUCCACCACCCCCGGCUGUCAGCCAAGCAACCAAUCGCAACGCUUCAUUCACCCCUGCUACCAGUAAAUCAAUGCUGAAUGGAAGCAGCCACUCUCCUACAUCGCUGAACGGUGCUCCGUCCACUCCUAACGGCUUCAGUAAUGGGCCGGCCAUGUCGUCGACGGCCUCACUUUCCAACCAGCAACUCCCACCAGCUUGUGGUGCUCGCCAACUCUGCAAACUGAAGCGCUUCCUGACCACGCUGCAGCAGUUUGGCAACGACAUAUCGCCUGAGAUCGGGGAGAGAGUGCGCAGCCUUGUGCUGGGACUGGUGAACUCCACUCUCACCAUUGAAGAGUUUCACUCUAAACUUCACGAGGCCACCAACUUCCCGCUGAGGCCGUUCGUCAUUCCCUUCCUGAAGGCAAACCUGCCCCUGCUGCAGAGAGAGUUGCUCCACUGUGCCAGGUUGGCCAAGCAGACUCCAGCUCAGUACCUGGCCCAACACGAGCAGCUUCUCUUGGACGCCAAUGCCAGCUCGCCCCUCGACUCCUCCGAGAUCAUGUUGGAGAUGAAUGAGCACGGCAAGAGAAGGACCCCUGACAGGACCAAAGACAGCUCAGAGCGAGAUGGGAUGCACCCAGAGCACCUGGCUAAGAGGCCCUGCACCAUCAGCCCCAGUCAACGCUUUAGCCCUAGCACGGGUCUUCCUACUCACCCGCCUCCCAACGGCCUCCCAACACACCCUCCAAAUGGCCUGCCCCACCCGCCGAACCCCCAAGUGGGACCCCAACACUAUCGCUUAGAAGACAUGGCCCUGGCACACCAAUACAGGGACGCUUACAGACAUAAUGAACACCGCGAUACCCGAGACAGGCACCGGCCGACAGCAGUGCAUGGAGCCCGCCAAGAAGAGGUGAUUGACCACCGUCUUACAGAUCGAGAGUGGGCAGAGGAAUGGAAGCACCUAGAUAAUCUGUUGAACUGCAUCAUGGACAUGGUGGAGAAGACGCGGCGCUCCCUGACGGUGCUGCGCCGCUGCCAGGAGGCCGACCGGGAGGAAAUGAAUCACUGGAUUCGGCGCUACAGUGACGUGGAGGAGAUGAAAAAAGGUGGGAGCAACGGACAGCACUGCCUUCCUCCUCCUCUUCCUCCUCCUCCUCCUCCUCCUCCUCCUCACCACAACUCCUCCUCCAACACAGCUAGCAGCAGCGAGUCACUGCCCAUAGGAACUUCCUCGGCUGCUGAAAGGCAGACAGGCAGACAGACAGAGAUCCACAGAGACUUCUUACACAGGCCACCCUCAGGAUACCUGCCAGAAGAAAUCUGGAGGAAAGCUGGUACUACAAGCAUCCCGCUCUCCCCAGCACUAAAGCACCUCCAAAACAGGCAGGAGGAGGCAGUGAACGAGGUUAAGCGACAGGCGAUGUCAGAGCUUCAGAAGGCGGUGUCAGAUGCCGAGAGGAAAGCUCAUGAGAUGAUUUCAGUAGAACGCUCUAAAAUGGAGAGGGCGCUGGCCGAGGCCAAGAGGCAAGCCUCUGAGGACGCACUAACAGUCAUCAACCAACAGGAGGACUCCAGUGAAUCUAACCAGAGCUGCUGGAACUGCGGGAGGAAAGCCAGUGAGACGUGCAGCGGCUGCAACACGGCUCGCUACUGCGGCUCCUUCUGCCAACACAAAGACUGGGAGAAGCACCACCAUGUCUGUGGUCAAGGCCUGCAGGGGAUGCCAGGGGGGAGCAGUGUCCCUCUAGGCACCCCCUCAUCCUCCUCAGCGUCAAGUGCGCCCCCCACCCACUCGGAGAGCACUCCUCCAGGAGCCUUGUCUUUGGCAGGCCAGAGCAGUAUUGCGGGAGGGGCAGGCAGCGGCAGCGGAAGUGUCUCUGCCAGCCCCAAAGAGAGCAGUUCCAGCAGUGCCUCUCGCUCCACAACUCCAGCUACGCCCGCCCUACUGGAGGCCACCUCUCGCUGACGUCUGACCCUUGUCCCCUCUCUGCAUACUGAUGCGACGGUGCCCACACUCCACACAAAACCAAACUGAGGAAUCUUCAUUGCACACUGCUCCCUUUCCUCCUCCCCUACUUCAGUCCUUAUGUCCCUCAUAUCCUAAGCUAUUCUGGAAAUAUUUUCCCUACCUGAUGAUGGACUCGUUUUCUCAACUGGUCUCUUCCCCCCCAAAAAAAUACUUUUUUGUCUCUUUCACAAUCACAGCCACAAAUACAAAGAUUCCAGCCUGGCGUGCAGUGUAGUGGAACACAUGAAAAGUGUGUUCAGUCACAGAAACAUAUCAGAUGUGUUUUCUGAAAACAUGAGCUAUGACUUGAAAAUGUGACUAAGAUGUGCCCUCAGUAAUGCUAAGGACCACAGUGGCUGUGGUAAGGCAACAUUGAUAGGGGGAUGACUAGGCUGAUUAGCACUUGGAUUGGAUUUCCCUUUAAUUUAGCACCAAUGAGAGAACAGUACUCAGACCUGAGAUGUGCACUACCAGUGCAGACAGUUCACUGAUAUGGCACUUAUUCUACAGUGUGCUAAUGGAGACAGGCUACGACAAAAUACCUUUUUUUUUUUUUCAAAGAAUCGAGGGAAGGGGAAAAACCUGUGAUGCGAUUAAUUCCUCAGAAACACAGCUUAGUAUUUAUUAAAUGUUUCUUUCUGGCUUUAAGGGAAAACAAAGAAAAGUCCAAAUAUUCAAAAUAAAUAGUAGUGAUGAUGAUGAUGAUGAUGAUGAGGAUGAUGCUGAUGAUAACGAUAAUAAUGAUAUGAAAAUAAAUUAAUUUUAAACUGCUAACUACCUUGCUAGCGAGCCAAGAAAAUCUACACCGGACUCACCUCUCUGCACCCAAAUGAAUUCAAAGAUGAAAAAUAACAUGAUCCAAACCUUUGUAUUACACUGCCAAAGUGAGUAAGUAAGCGAUAAGGAGAAGCACUCAUCUUAUAACCAAACGCAAAGCAACAUCACCUCCUCACAGAUAAGCCAGCCCUGAGAGGACCAAGCUGCAGAGAAGCUGCAGAAUGGGACCCAGAGAUAGUCAGACAUAAUAAAAAAAAAGAAAAACUGUGACCUGCUUUGAUCUGCAGCUGCCUCCUGCAGUCUGGACAAAACUACAGCGAUUCCUCAGUGACGGCCCAGACUAGUGAAUAUGGACAAUGCUGUGAACUUGCCUACAAGAAAGACUUAAUGAAAUGGAUGGAAACCCUGCCACAGUGUGAUUCUUUUGUGAAUGGUAACAGAGAGAAAAAAGAGGGAAGUAAAAGCUGCACAGCCUCAAAGGACAUGAAGAUACAUACAUGGCAAAGGAGCUGCCAAAAACCUCAAAACAAGCUUGAAAACAUUGUCCAUGAAGGCAUUACAUACUAUGGAGACUUUAUGAGAAGAUUGUUUGUAAGUCAUUUUUUAAGCUCCACAACGAGGAGAUAUUUCAAGGAAUUGCUGUUACCUUUACAUUCACUCCCUCCGUUUCCAAAGCAUGAUAAACAGAUGAAAGAGCCUAGUAAAGGGCGGUGUAGACUUGGUUCUCCUCUCUCUUUCUACCUCCCCUCACCCCACACCUCCCCUCUACACUCUUCCCCGACUACUUGACUCAAGUCUGCCCCUAACCCCCGGCCUGCUUUGGACAGAGCCUCUGAGCAGUCACGUGGGAAAGGUUCAAACCUGCUUGUAGAUAUUGUUCCUCUUUUCAAAUUUCAAUAAUGUCUCUUGUCGCUGAUGUCCACAUUUGCUGCCCUUGUGUAUAUCCAGAAAGAUGGACUUUGUUUUGGUUUUGUUACUCUUCAUUUCCCUCCUUUAAGUUUGGGCUGAGCAUUGAAGUCAGAGCAAGGAGGACACUUGCUUAUGAGAAGAAGCCCCACAUUGUACUUAUUGUUUGAUUUGUUGUAUCUAUAUUAAUGAGAUGAAACCCCUCUUGUAGAAUAUUUUGUAUUGCUCGCAUUGUAAGACAGUGAGAGGACAGAGGUGCAAUAUGAAGAGAAUUCAGCUACUGAAUGGAACCUCAGCAACUGCCCAUAGGGUGUCAUAUAAUAUAGAUACAUAUAAAUAUAUUUAAAGUAACAUCGGUAACUUAAUGUGAAUGUACAUAGUAUUUAAAGAGGUCCAAAAAUGUGUUUGCCAAAUAACAGAAACCUUUAAAGUUUAAAUGUCCAGAAUAUGAUUUUCCCACAGUACAUUUAUUUCUCAAAUUUCUCAAAUUUCCUUUUUUUCUCUCAUACAAGUUUAACACUUUCAAGUUUCACUCAAAUCAAAGUGUCAUGUGACCCUGAGUGGAGGAGACUGUUGGUAACAGAGGUAAAGUGGCUCCAUACAGUUUGCAUGUAGCUGAACAUGGAUGAAAACAGAUUAAGGGUGAAUGGACACAAGACUUCCAGAACACAUUUUAAAUGAAUGAAUUAGGCCUUCAUUUACAAUAGUAUAUGAAAAAUCCAUAUCCUACUACACCACAAAAACGUUUGACAAGUUAUAACAUGUUUGUGUUUCACUUUAAUCUUCUUCAUUUUUAUGAGAUGGUGCAAUUGGGACUAAAUGUUGUCAUUGACAUAUGCUUCAUUCACCCCAGGUCAGUUUUCAUCCUGCAGGAGGGGACUCAACAGUGUGUAUUGACAAAAAAGCCCAAAUAUAUUUAAUAGCUUGAAAAAAAAGGACAUACAAAGAAAAGUGGUGGCUCACUUUCAAAUUUAGAUCCUUCACAACAAAUUCAGGAAUUGACAAACUUGAUAAAUCAUGUCAAGUUUUCUGUUCCUGCCACUGUAGUGACCCUCUCUCUCUUGGUGUGUGUGUGUGUGUGUGUGUGUGUGUGUGUGUGUGUGUGUGUGUGUGUGUGUGUGUGUGUGUGUGUGUGUGUGUGUGUGUGGUUAGGAGUGUUUGUUUCCCCCAAGGUGCAGGACAAGCCAUUACUAUAGGAUUAAGUGAUAUGCCAGUGUUAAGCUACGGUAAACCUCUAAGCUAAUUUUGAUACCCAAUCUUUGCAAUGUUCCUUUUUUUUCCCAUUUAAAAAAAAAAUACAGAUUAUCGUUUAUCUGUAAAGAUGCAGGUUUUUCUUCUUUUUUUUCAGCCCUUCCCACAUGCUCCAGCAAUAUGAUUGCCUCUGGUAAAGAUAUGUAUGUAAAACAGUCAAAAUGCCUUUACUUAAAGCAACAGAGGGCCUGUAGCAGCCACCGCUCACACAAAUUUAAAAUUGAUCACUGUAAACCCUGUAAACUAGUUGGCCCCAUACACACUUGGACCAAACUUGGGGAAAAAAGUAACUUUCCUUUAGCAGUGAGUGGCAUAGGAAACUUCUUCAACAGCUGGAUAAAGUAAUGUCAAUUAUUUUAUUUGGACUAUCUGAGACACAUAAUUCAAAUGGGAUAAGCUGCAAGGUACCCCUGCAUCUGUGUGUAGCAUUUAUGUAUGUGUGUUAUAAUUACUGUGAUAUGGUGUUAAACUUGGCCUUUUUGUGUAAUUUGCUCCUUUCCCCCUGAUGUCUAAUUCCUCCACUACUACCACAGACCACUCUUCAUGACGCCCCUUCACACUAGCUACCUCCUGUGACCAUACAGCUAACCACCAGGAAAGGUUGACCUGGACUUUGAAAAGCUGGGCUGAGAGGCGACAUGGAGACGCACAUUCAAAAGCGAUCAUAUGAAUCCGUCUGAAAAUGAUAAAAACAAAAGUGUUGAAUGGAAUUGCCAUUGCUCAUAAUGUGGAGGAACAUGUAUUUCCACCAUACCUCACUUACCUGUUUGAUCACAUCCCACCAACCAAACUGAUACUUCUAGAAUUUAGUAAUAGGUACACAUACAGUCAAACAUGCAUAUUACCAAACUGAACACAGAAUCAACCAUGACAUGCCAUUUGUUGUCCAAAACCAAUAAAAGCACAGACCAAAGUACUCUAUUGCCAAAAUAGGCUUUGACACAGUGUGUAUUGACAGACCAGAAAUAAUAAGGUUAGAGCUCCACUACACCACUUAACCAAAGUGUCUGAAAUACACACAAUCAGGGCACAAGAGUGAAGACCAUGCUUAAUGAACCGGCUGCGUUUUCAAAUGUGUAGAAUUCUUAUUCAAGCAAUCAAAGCGCUUGUUGUCUACAUAUUGAAUAGUGCUUCUGUAAAAAAUAAUAGAAGCAUCUCCUUCAGAAAAGCCUACUGAUUGCGUGUUCUUACAGUUACAAAGCCUUGCAGAGAUAAAAUGAAUGCAUGGUGGGUGUGUGUGUUUGUGUGUGACUAGUGGUGUGUGUGUGUGUGUGUGUGUGUGUGUGUUUUUGUAAAAGAAAUCUUACCAUUUUUUUUGUCUCUGUACAAACUACUUGAAACUUUCAGAGCUUUAAUGAAACAUCCCAGUCAGACGAUAGUGGCAGAUCGAUUCACAAUAUGUAGCAACAGCUUUGUGCAGUGAAAUACUGUGUUUGCGUACAAUAUCCGCAUCAAAACAACAUUGUAAUCGCAGUUCCAUUCAACUCUUAAAUGCUUUGCGUGUGCCUCCUUGUCUGCAAGUAAGCCCUUUGAUAAACUAAACAAAGCCAAACCCAGUAACCAUUUACAAAUGACCAAAAUACAACCAAAAGCUACAACUUUUCUCUUUAGAUUUCACUUCAGUUAAGGUUUUUGUGUUAUGUCCCGGCAUGAGAGAACUUCAACAUGGUCGAUUGUGUGGGACAUGAGACUGCUGUCUCACAAACAUCGGAGAUUCUCCCUCCUGAUUUUAUUGGACAGGACACACAAGAUCAUUGUUCUGUUCAGCUGGGUGCUAGCUUCAUUACAUUUUGAAACAAAUGAUAUUUGUGUCAUAUACUUUUAUCUGUGAAGAUAUUACAGAUGGCAAACGCAUAAGGGCUCUGCUGUUGUGAAUAUCAUCCAAGGGUCUCCAAACACUUUACAUCAGCCACUUUUCUGUUUGUUUUACUAUGUACAUGAUAUGGGCAAAACGCAUGUUUAGAAAAGGCAAACAUUAGCAGGUUGGCAUUUGUCUCUCCCUACCCCAACCAGUUACUCUACCAAUGACGUUUCAAGGCACAUCUGAUGUGAUGGCGACACAUCCUCCCUGUGAAACAGGCACUGAUGAAUAGCUACAGUAGAAAGCUAAAGUGGCAAACAGUGGAUACAGCACUUGUUUUCCCCAAAGCCAUGGCUCAGGAUGGUCCUGUUUUUACCUUUACAUAAAUUGAAAAAAAAGGUUUAUGUUUUUUUUAUGUGUAGGGAAGCAUUCUAUACUGUAUUGUGCAAUACAUUAUUACAGAUAAAAACAUGUUUCUGUAGGAAAGGUUGGCGCUUUGAAGAUCGUUCUCCUUUUGUUUUAUUUCCCUCUUCAAAAAAGGUCCUGUUGCCGUUUUUAGAUGAAGUUAACUGUGCCAGAAGAAUUAAAUUCUGAUUUGUAUUUAUUUCUUGCAUGCUUUCCUCCCUGUUGCUAAUACCGCUCUUUAACUGUUCGCUCUGUUGGAUGUGUGAAGCUGUAAAACAUUCUAAUUCAGGUUAUUGUCUGUGUUGAACAAUGUAACUGUGUAAUUAAAACAUGAAAUGAA